AUGCGACCUUGUCUUAUCGUUUACUUGACAAUUUCAAUCAUCAGUUUUGAACAUGUUCGCGCCUUCUUCAAUAUGCCAGUGUCGACUAUCAUUGAGCAAACUGGAAAGUUAUCAUGUGUAAUCAAUUCUACUGAAGGUCACUACAACGAUUUUCAACUUUGCGCUAUUCGUAUUUACACGGCACUGGAGAGCACCAGUGAAAUAACUGAUGUUGUCGUUCAAAAUGGUAUGUGGUUUAUGAAUGUUUUUCGUCGAUUGAUUGCUACACGGCAAUGUGAAGGUUUCUCGGAAACAUCAGAUAUUGGAACAGGCAUAUGCAACCCAAUGUCGUAUGAAACCGCUGACCAAAUGACUUUAUGUAUAUGUGCUUCGGAUUAUUGCAAUUUAGAUCUUGAAACAUGUCAAAUUGCCAACAAAAAUCUAUUCAAUGUUAGUCUUUUGCCAGAACCCUUGCCUGUACUAAGUGAUACAGUUGAAUGUAAUCAAACAUCCGAAGUAUCUGAAGCUUGUUACGAACAUUCAUUGAUCAAUCAAGACACUUGUAAUAAUUAUGUCCACAGUCACAAGGUUCUAUGUACUAUCGGCGUCAGUAAUAAUGUGAUAGUACAAACAGGAUAUCUCGAAGAAAAUUAUGGAAUAUUUCUUGACAAAAAACUUCAUGAUUUAAAACCAGUUAUACAAGCCUAUCCAGAAAAUCCAUUGAUAGAUGCACAAACGUAUGUCUAUUAUAUGUAUUCACUCGGUACUGACCUAACAUCUGAAGAAUGUGCCUGUACCCAAAGUUCCUAUUGUAAUAUGAAUAUUACCUUGUGUGCACCUUCAAGCAUACAGAUAGACGCAACAGCAUCAACUCUAACUAUGACUGAUGAUCUCGAAUCUGAACAUACAAGUGAUAUGCUAUCCGUAUCUAUGAACACUCAAUCUAUCGCAAAUAUUGUGACAACGGAUAAGUAUACUGCAGAAACCAGUUCUAUUCAGACGACAACUCACUUCGUAACUGAACGCUUCACAACACCAAAUGGUACAUCCGAGAUAAUAUCAAUUUCUAUCAAAGAAUCGAAAACAUAUCCAGCCACAUCAGAAAUUGUUGAAACAUCCAUUCUCGACGAAGCAACUAGUUCUACAACAGAACCAACAAUGAUGAGUAAUACGAUUUCACUGAAUGACAAUGCUAUUAAAUCGACUACUAUAAUUUAUUCUAACGGAUCAAAUUCAUCAACUGUAAUACCGAAUAUGAAUUCUGGUCUAAUCAUUGGUAUUAUUGUCGGUGGCAUCGUCUUUCUUGUCAUCGUCUUUUCAUUGAUUUGCUGCCAAUGUGUUCGAUUAGGUAUGUGCCAACGUACUUUUACUAGUCGAGCAGCCAACUAUCAACUAUAG